AUGGAAGCUCAACCUCCCGAACAACCGCAACAACAACCCUCACCAACCCUCACCAACCCGCGUUUUACCCUCGAGCUCGAAUUCGUCUCCUCCCUCGCAAACCCCUACUACCUCUCCCAUCUAGCCGUCACCUACCCGAACCUCCUAGGUAUCUCCCGGUCCAGCGACGACACUGGAAACGAGGCCAUCGAUAGCUCCGCCGACCCGGACGCCCAGGCGUUCGCCGCGUACCUCGCAUACCUCUAUUCGUACUGGAAGACGCCGGAGUACGCGCAGUUUUUGACGCAUCCGGGUCCGACGCUGCGGGCGCUUCGAUUGCUGCAGGAGGAGGCGUUCCGGAGGGAUGUUAUAAGGCCUCAGGUUAUUGAAGGGUUAGCUGGGCUUGGGCUUGGGCUUGUGGGUGAACAGCAACAGCAGCAGCAGCAACAGGAAGGCGCGCAGGAGGGCGGUGACGAACAAGGACAGGAAAGUACGGAGAAACAGGAAGGGGUGUGA